AUGGCGCGCUCGCCGGAUCUGGAGUCACGAGCAUCGUCAUCGUUGACCCAUGCCUCAACGCCUGAGCUUGCAAUUAAGGUUGAUGAAGAGCAGGGAGCCGGUAUUUCAAGAGAGAUUGUCGAUGCAUCCGGCACAGCCCCUGAGGCGGAAAAGGAACCACCACCGCCAAUUGGAGAGCCUGUCUCGAAAGUUGUUUCGGUGAACAAUAUCGGUGCAAUUCCCAAUGGGGGACUUGUGGCAUGGCUUCAAGUUGCUGGAGCUUUCUUUCUGUUCUUCAAUUCAUGGGGUAUCGUAAACUCGUUUGGCGUAUUUCAGACGUACUAUGAGAGCGAGCUGCUCCAGGAUUCCAACGCAUCAGCUAUCUCAUGGAUUGGCUCCAUUGAAGCAUUCCUCUUGAUGCUGGUCGGUGCCCUUACCGGUCCGAUCUACGAUGCAGGCUACUUCCGUGAGCUCCUAUGGGCGGGCUCGUUCCUCGUCACCUUUGGAUUAAUGAUGCUCAGCAUCUGCAAGGAGUACUGGCAGGUGCUGCUCGCUCAAGCCUUCUGUGUUGGGUUUGGAACAGGCUGCCUCUUCGUUCCAAGCGUGGCCAUUCUCUCGACUUACUUCACGACUCAUAUCGCCACUGCCAUGGGCCUUGCUGCCGCAGGGAGCAGUCUCGGAGGCGUCCUCUACCCUAUCAUCUUCUAUAGGCUCCAGCCGCUGAUAGGAUUUGGCUGGACGACGCGCACUAUCGGGUUCAUCGUCUUGGCAACGCAGCUAAUCCCGAACCUGUGCAUGAAAGUGCGAGUGUUGCCAGCUUCGAAGCGUAAGAUUGUGGACUGGUCGGCCUUCCGUGAGCCGCCUUACGCUCUGUUCGUCGUUGGCGGCUUCCUCGCAUUCAUGGGCCUUUACACGCCCUUCUUUUACAUUCAACUCUUCGCUAUCCAGAGCAACAUCGCCGACACCAAUCUUGCCUUCUACUUGCUCCCAAUCUUGAAUGCGUCAUCCAUCUUCGGCCGGAUCUUCCCAAACAUGGUCGCCGACAAGGUGGGGCCGUUCAACAUCAUCGUACUCUGCGCUAUUAUCAGCGGCAUUCUAGCCCUUUGCCUGAAUGCCGUCAGCAGUAUCGGAUCUCUAAUCGUCUUCUGCAUCCUCUAUGGAUUCUUCUCAGGCAGUUUCGUUUCUCUGCCUCCCACUAUUCUAGUGGGGCUCUCACCUAAUCGUGGCAUCAUCGGAACACGGAUGGGCAUGAACUUCGCGUGCGUAGCAGUGGGUAUACUCAUUGGCACACCCAUUGCCGGAGCAAUCCUCGACACCUCCGGCUUCACAGCUGUGUGGAUAUUUGGCGGUGUCCUGACGGUUUUGGGGGGUUGCGUCAUCGGUGUCGCUAGGGUUUGUAAGAUUGGUUGGAAGUUGACCGCUUUCGGCUGA